AUGGGGGUGGACUAUUCGUUCCCUUCGCCGAAACUUCCGCCGCGAAAGACGCGGCAGCAGUCGAAUCCCGGCCACAUUUCCCCCUGCUCGCCUUCGUCGCCCGACGCGCGGCUCCUUCUCAAAGACCAGCACCGCGACGAGAGCCGCGAAGAGCGCCGAGAUGAACGGCGCCGCCUGCGCAAGGUUUCGCAGUCGGAGCGCCCCGAAAGGCCGAGUCGCCACUACAACAGUUCCUCGUCGCAGCUCGAGCCUCGUCAGCAGCAGAGGAGCAUUUUAAAGACGUCGCCCCCGCGAGAGUCGGCAUGGGAGGUAUGCGACGCGCUCAGUCACACGAGCGUCGCCGCUGCAAUGGCCGAGUCGCCGUCAUCCCCGCUAACAGCCGCCUCGCGACUCUGUAAAAGCAAGCGCAGCUCAAGCAAGUGUAACGUCGCUGCGGAAGCGGUGGUCGCAGGCCUUGAAGUCACCGCAGCGGCUGCAGCGGCGGCAGAUGCGGCGAGGGACGGGCAAUGGCUCGCAAGCGGGUUCGAGGAGCUUCAGAAUAAGCUCGAAGCGUUCUCAGUUACCACGCAGCAGCUGGCGGUCUCGCUGGAAGAAGCUCGGAAGGAGGCCCGCGAAUCGCGGGAAGCCAUGGAUGCGGCUCGGGCGGAGCGCGAUUUGCUGGUGGUUGAGAUGGAGGCCACGCUGGCAGCUUGGUCCACGUCGGACGCGGAAAAGGCGGAGGAGCUGGCGCGGGUGGAGGCAGAGAAGAUAAGGGCGGAGCGGGAAAAUGGGGAAUUAAAGCGUGAGUUAUUGGAGACUAAGAGGCAGUAUGCGGAGAUUAAGAGGCAGCUGGAAAUGAUGAGAGCAGAGAGGGACGCGGCUGUGACUCAUGCUCGGGUUACUGUGGCUAGAGCAGCAGCCGCUGGUGCUGGUGGCUCUGGUGCUGGUGGUUCAAGUGAGUCCUUGCCUCGUGAUAGCUCCUCCCACCUUCGGCCUCGGCACCCGUGCUUCACUCCCCUCCGCGCGGAUCAAACGGAAGAUGACUGCAGCAAUGGCAACAGCAGCUCUAGUUUUGCUGGAAGCAGUGCCGGCAGCAGUACCAGCACUCGCAGCCCUACUUCCGGGAAGUCCAGGGGCGUAUGGGAAUGUGGAGGAUGGGAGGAUAGUUGUCCCCCAGAAGCACGUUCAGUGGUCUGA